AGGACAGAACCCAGGUGUAGUGAGCUCACUGCUCAGCUGCUUCAGCCUAGAAUGGCUGUGGAAUCCAGAGCACCUUCAACCCUGGUAACGCAACAUCCUCAGGAACAAGAACUAAUACUAGUGAAAGUAGAAGAGGGCCUUUCCUGGGGUCAGAAAUCUAAACAGGAUGGGAGUGCCCGAUCCUGCCAAGAAAUGUUUCGCCAGCAAUUCAGAAAGUUUUGCUACGAGGAGACUCCUGGACCUCGGGAGGCUCUGGGCCGACUCCAGGAGCUUUGCUAUCAGUGGCUGAUGCCAGAGUUGCACACAAAGGAGCAGAUCCUGGAACUGCUGGUGUUGGAACAGUUCCUGAGCAUCCUGCCUGAGGAGCUGCAGAUCUGGGUUCAGCAGCAGAGUCCCAAAAGCGGCGAGGAAGCUGUGACCCUGUUGGAGGAUUUGGAGAGAGAGUUUGAUGAUCCAGGGCAGCAGGUUCCAGCUAGUCCACAGGGUCCACCAGUACCAUGGAAGGAUUUAACAUCUCUGGGAGCAUCCCAAAAGCCAACAAAUGUCCAACUUCAGCCUUUAAUGACACAGCUGAAAUCCUGGGAACCUUGCCAUUCUCCAAAAAAUGGUUGUGAGAACAAUGAAUCAGCAACAAAGGAAAUUUUGGGAGAACAAUCACAGGGACUUCCCCUGGAACCUUCAUUUGGAGAAGUUAGUGAACAUGAAAACCAUUUAGAGUGGCAACAAGGAAGUGCUACAGGGGAGAAAUUGAGAUCCUCUUCCCAAGGAGAUGGUUUUAGCCAAGUGAUCUUCACACAUGAAUCUCUGGGAAAAAGAGGCCAUCAUGAUAAUCCUCAAAGAAACUUGAUCCUAAGUAGAAACUCCAGAACAUAUCAGAAAGUUCAUACAGAAGAGAGACCUUAUAGAUGUGACGUCUGUGGGCAUAGCUUCAAACAGCAUUCCUCUCUAACACAACAUCAGAGAAUCCAUACUGGAGAAAAGCCCUACAAGUGUAACCAGUGUGGGAAGGCCUUUAGUUUGAGGUCAUACCUCAUUAUUCAUCAGAGGAUUCAUAGUGGGGAGAAAGCAUAUGAAUGCACUGAAUGUGGGAAAGCCUUCAAUCAGCGCUCAGCUCUUAUUAGACAUCGUAAAAUUCAUACUGGUGAGAAAGCUUGUAUAUGUAAUGAAUGUGGCAAAGCAUUCAGUCAGAGUUCAUACCUGAUUAUACAUCAAAGAAUUCACACUGGUGAGAAACCAUAUAAAUGUAAUGAGUGUGGAAAAGCCUUCAGUUUGAGCUCAAACCUCAUCAGACAUCAGAGAAUUCAUAAUGUAGGGGAACCUUAUCAAUGUAAUGAAUGUGGCAAAGCCUUCAAAAGGAGUGCAGGCCUUACUCAGUAUCAGAGAGUCCACUCUGGAGAUGAAGAUUAUAUAUGUAGUGAAUGUGGGAAAGGUUUCAGGCACAGAUCAGUCCUUAUGCACCAUCAGAGAGUCCACACUGUGGAGUAA